AUGGCAGCAGAUGUGGGUUCAUCCUCUUCCCUCCGGGGCUCGAAGCGUGGUGCGGAACAGCCGCCCAUUCCUCAUGAGGACCUCCCCGACUGGAAGAAGCGGAGGUUCAUUGAGCCAGUCGUAGAUGACGACGAGGACGAAGACGAGGACGAAGAGGCGUCAGAGACCGAAGACGACCGCGAGUAUGAGACGCCCAGGCCGCCGCAGUGGAUUGUCAGGGCUGCAAGGGAUGCGCGGGAGUUCGACCAGAAGUUCACGUUCAACGUCGUUGCAUUUUGGGGAGACAACGGGAAGGACGAUGUCGACUUUAGAGUUCAAUGCGUCGAUUGUCCCGACACGUUUUACAAAACGAGUCGUAUCUUGGGUACGGUUCUGAAAGAACAUGUCAAGGAGAAGAAGCACUCCGAGAAUGUCGCCGCCCGCCUCUCGGGGUGA